CAUGUGACACAAAAACCCAUUAGCCAGUUUUUAACAUCCCGUCGCAUAUCCUUGCAAAGGCCAGCCUGCUCCUGCACGGUUCUGUCGGUCCCUUGGACCGGUUCAGACUGCUCUAUAACGCCGCGUUUGUAGUCUGAGAGGCGGCAGCCAUGAGAAACGCAGAGGAAUAACGCUGGCACAGCGCCCACUGCCUGCAGCCUCCACACUGCACUCCUGAAAUCACGCCUCACUGGCUUCCACUUUAAUUGGUUCCACCCCAAACUACACUGGAGAGCUCACCUGUUUUAAUUGAACUAUCGCGACAAGUUGUCCAAGUGACGUCGAUGCCGCUUCCAAUUGUCCUAGGAGUAGCUGAGAGUAUCCGAGGUGCAUAAUUGGGCGCGUACGAGGACUGCUGCAAUCGCGCCACCGAGGGACGCGCUGCUCACCAGGCCGACUAGACAGUCUGCAGCGGAGCAGCGAGCACAGGCAUCUAACUGAGCCUGUGCAUGGAUGCAGGACAGAAGGUUCUGAGCCUUUCGACAUGGACCUGAGAUUAACAAACCAGAUGGUUGGUUUGCAUCUCCUUCAUCUUCGAUCCCCUCAGUGAACAGGGGAGGAACAUUGACUUUUUUACACGUGGGUAUAAACUCUGGAAUCGGCUGUUUUUCCUCUCCAGAAAACAGUGCUGGACACAGGAGCUGCUCCACCGACAUUCUUGGCAUCGUCUGGCACGCUGAGGCCAUCAGCAUUGUAGCUUUUCCCCCCGCAAGUAGUCGGUGCGCCCCUGCGUUUGGAGCCAUGGGUUGUACAGUGAGCGCCGAGGAUAAGGCUGCCGCGGAGAGGUCAAAGAUGAUUGACAAAAACCUCCGAGAAGACGGAGAGAAGGCGGCCAGAGAGGUGAAACUGCUUUUAUUAGGUGCUGGUGAGUCGGGGAAGAGCACCAUUGUAAAGCAGAUGAAGAUCAUCCAUGAAGAUGGCUACUCAGAAGAUGAGUGUAAGCAGUACCGAGCGGUGGUUUAUAGUAAUACCAUCCAGUCUAUUAUGGCCAUUGUUAAAGCCAUGACCAGCCUCAAGAUAGACUACAGCAACCCUUCUAGAGCGGACGAUGCCCAGCAGCUCUUUGCCCUGUCUGCAGCUGCUGAAGAACAGGGCAUCCUUCCUGAUGAUCUGGCCAACGUGAUCAGACGAUUGUGGGGUGACAGCGGCAUACAGAGUUGCUUUGCACGGUCACGAGAAUACCAGCUCAAUGACUCCGCAGCAUAUUACCUGAAUGACCUGGAGAGGAUAGCUAAAGCAGAUUACAUCCCCACCCAGCAGGAUGUGCUGCGAACUCGUGUCAAGACCACUGGCAUUGUGGAGACUCACUUCACUUUCAAGGAACUGCACUUCAAAAUGUUUGAUGUGGGAGGCCAACGCUCAGAGAGAAAGAAGUGGAUCCACUGUUUUGAAGGAGUCACAGCCAUCAUUUUUUGUGUUGCACUGAGUGCUUAUGACCUGGUGCUGGCUGAGGAUGAGGAGAUGAACCGAAUGCAUGAGAGCAUGAAGCUGUUUGACUCCAUCUGCAACAACAAGUGGUUUACCGAGACCUCCAUCAUCCUCUUCCUCAACAAGAAGGAUCUCUUUGAGGAGAAGAUUACUCGCAGUCCCCUCACCAUCUGCUUUCCAGAGUACACAGGCGCCAACAAGUUUGAUGAAGCAGCCAGUUACAUCCAGACCAAGUUUGAGGACCUGAACAAGAAAAAGGACACAAAGGAGAUCUACACCCACUUCACCUGUGCCACUGACACCAAGAACGUGCAGUUUGUCUUUGACGCUGUCACCGACGUCAUAAUUAAGAACAACCUGAAAGACUGUGGUCUUUUCUAAAGGAAAAUGCCUGACGCACACAGACUGCAUGAGAGACUGCAACAGCCAUGUGAUGAUUACUGCUUUUCAUAAUGAAAACCAUAACAGACUUGAUUCCUAGAGGGGAAACCUUAAAUAACUUCAAUCACUAAUUUGCAACCAUCACAUUUUCUGUCAGUUGUGUUAUUAUUUUUUAUAUAUAUGUUUCUUACUGCUCUUGAUCAGGGGUUCCCAUACUAUUCAAACUGAACACCUGUAAAUAGAAAAAUAUAAAAGGAGCCACUUAUUGAAAUCACUAACAGUCAUAUACACCUGAGAAUAGCUGCUUUUAAAUUAGAUUUGUAACAGAAAUUAUAUGCCUUGACUGGUUUAAGUGGAAAAUAAUUGCUGGAAGAUUAAAAAUCAUAAUAAUAACUCAUCAUUUCUACAUGCCACAUUCGAAAUUGAAAUAUCAAAAUUGUCAUCCUUAACAGGCCUUCAAGAACCAGUUGGAGAUCCACUGGCUAAACUGUGGUUAAUUGAAGAAGAGGAGGAAGAAAGAAAAAGAUGAAGGCAAACUUAUUAAUUUGAUGAGUCUCUUUUUUUGUAUUAAGAUCUCUUUUUGAGUUUUUUUAGGUUUUCAUUUUCCUUUCUCUUUUUGCUUUUGACAUUUGAUAAGAGUACACAAAAACAACUUUUUAUAAAAAUUACAUUAACUUAUGUUAACUAAUGUUGGCAUUUUAUGAACCUUUUGACUGCACAAGAGCUUAUUUUUAGAAGACAACAAGCAUGCAGCCUGAAAAUGGAACAAGGGAAAAUGUUUUUGUACAAUGUUUACACAGAAUCAGUAUACACAGUUGUACUAUAGUGCAUUGUUCUGCAUGACCGUCCAUAGAUUAGCUUGUAUCCCACACGAACUGAGUAACAUUCCUUAUGUAACUUCUUUAAAGAAACAAAACCGAAAUGGUUAUGUGGCACUUUUAAGAUAUCUGCAAGAUUUCCACGUGGUUCUGUCUGUUCCUAACAUGGAUUGUUCUGUAUUAUUUGUUUCAUUCCAAGUCUUUUUACAUGUUUGUGCCUUGAUAUCUGUUUACACUUGUUCUUUAGAAACAUGCUAUCUUAUCAUAGUGUGAAUUAGGGCUAUUUCUAUUCCACUUCAAUUCACAUAACCCAUGAUUUAAGAUGCACCAUAACACAGAGACAAAUGGAUGAUAGUUGUUCAUUAAUAUUAAGGUAAAAGUCAGUCACUUGUUAAAUGUAAAUAAAAGUUUGGUCACAAAA